CGCUGGGCUCGAGGGCCGCGCGGUGAUUGGUUCAGGCGGCCGGCCAGGAGGCGCCGCCGCCGCCCCUUCGCUCGGACGCUGUGAGGGGACGCGAAGGAGACCGAGGGCCCUGCUGGGCCGCCCCGGCCGCCCCCUGUCGACUGACCCCGGGGAGCACGCUGGGGCAGACGCCGCGGCCUGGGGCCGGAACGAGAGCGGCGCCUCAGGGCCUCGAAGGAGAAUAAGCUGGCAAUAACUAGGAACUCAACAUGAAUGGGGAAAGGAUCUCUUCAUUGCCCACUAAUCCUCCUGCGCUACCUGUUCAGUGAAAGGAAGCUUCAGCCAUGGAGGACAAGCGCAACAUUCAGAUCAUCGAGUGGGAACACCUGGACAAGAAGAAAUUCUACGUCUUUGGCGUCUGCAUGACCAUGAUGAUCCGCGUCAGCGUGUACCCCUUCACGCUCAUCCGGACACGGCUGCAGGUCCAGAAGGGGAAGAGUCUCUACAACGGGACCUUUGAUGCGUUCGUCAAGAUCCUGCGGGCAGAGGGGGCGGCCGGGCUCUACCGUGGCUUCUUGGUCAACACCUUCACCCUGAUCUCUGGCCAGUGCUACGUGACUACGUACGAGCUCACCCGCAAGUAUGUCUCGCACUACAGCAACAGCAACACGGUCAAGUCGCUGGUGGCCGGCGGCUCAGCCUCCCUGGUGGCCCAGAGCAUCACGGUACCCAUUGACGUCAUCUCCCAGCACCUGAUGAUGCAGCGGGUGGGCGAGACCAUGGGCCGGUUCAAAGUGCAGACCUACAAAGGCAAGCGCUUUCCCGUCUUCGGCCAAACCCGGGACAUCAUCACACAGAUCUUCAAAUCCGACGGGCUGAGGGGCUUCUACAGGGGCUAUGUGGCCUCUCUACUCACUUACAUUCCCAACAGCGCUGCCUGGUGGCCCUUCUACCACUUUUAUGCAGCUUUCCAGCUUGACACCCAAGGACUGCCCACACCUGCUCCUCCAAGCCAUAUCUGGGCCAAUGGCCGCUGCAACAGCUUCCACCCUCACCAACCCCAUGGAUGUCAUCCGGGCUCGUGUGCAGGUGGAAGGCAAAAGCUCCAUCAUUCUCACUUUCAAGCAGCUGAUCGCGGAGGAAGGCCCCUGGGGCCUAACGAAGGGCCUUUCCGCCCGCAUCAUCUCGGCCACCCCUUCUACCAUUGUCAUUGUGGUGGGGUACGAGACGCUGAAGAAACUGAGCCUCCGUCCGGAGCUGGUGGACUCGCGGCACUGGUAGCAAAACUGGGGAGCGGAGAGACGGACUUCUGUGAAAUCUCUUGGACCAUUGGCAUGGUUGAAAAUUCACCAAAAAGUGAGCACGGGGGCAGGAGAGCUUUCUGACAAGGCAGUUCUUAGUGGAGAAUUAAAUGCAAGCGACUUGUCGUCGUCGUCCCCAAAAUUCCUGCCCCAGUACUACUCCACUCCUUUGGAUUGAUUGCAGUGUUCUGCAAAAGAAACGCCUACUGUAAGAACUCCUUAAUUCGUUCAUAUGUGAGUGAAAGCAGGCCCAUCUCCUGGCCCUCCUUUCUCCCCCCCCCUUUACUUUUCAUUAAAAACAAAAACAAAACCACCCCUUAAUGGUUGAAGCAAAGUAAUGGUUUCUUCCCAAAACUGAUUUUGAUUCUCUCGUUUAUUUUGCCAAAUUCCUAGAGUGUGGGAGAAUAACUUUAUGUGUGACCCCUUGCUGGAGACUCUGCCAAUUGUAGCAGUGAAUGCCACUUAAAAAGAUGCACUUUGUAAAAAUAUAUAUAUACACACACACACACACACACACACCAGCCCAACUCCAAAACAUCUGAAAUCUGAAGAUCUGAAACGGGAUAAAUGUUCCAAACACCAGGAGUUAUUUUUACAGUAAGAGACAUGUCAACAUCUUGACAAGAUGUAUACAUUUCCCCCCACCCUUUCUUUCGAUAUAUCCUUGGAAGCUGUCUUGCCAAUUUUCCAGUAUCGAAGCAGUAGCAUCCCACCCCUAUUUCUGAUAUGUACGACGUCAUUUUAAAGGAAUUUCCUUUUUCGUCUGCAGCAGUUGUGGUCUACAAUUGUUGUGUUGUGUGUAUGUAUAUCUGCUGGGAGGAGGCUUAAAAACCACUCUAGGAAGGGCGUCCCCUUUAUUCUGUGGCCUUUGCAAAUGUGAGUGUAAAAAGAAUAAUUGGGUCCCUGUCCUAAAAUUGCUUCCUCCUAGUUUUCCCCCUUUAAGCACAAAUCUGAUGAUUCUCCCCUUGGGCGUCAUGUGAAAGGCAGGGUUCAAUUUUGCUGAAAUGUCUUGUAUAAUACUUCAUUUGAUCUUUGUGUAAGUCUGAAUGUCUCAAUCAAUGAAUGAGUGUUUUGUUAAUCUGUAAGACAAGGAUGUCAGUGGAGGGAACUCUGCAUCUUCUCGUCAUUGGUGUGGGGAGAUGCUUAACUCUUCUAUUUGGAGCAGAGCAGAGCAGGGCAGCUGACUGAGACUGCGUCCUUUGACAAAUCUGGCUCUACCUUGGACAAAAACUGUUUGUGUUCCUGUUCCGUAACCUAAGAGCUUUCAGCCCUUGAAACAGUAAGAAGUCUCAGAUGGUCCAGACCCUCCCCAGUGACGGGCGCCUUCUCACUUGGCCCUCCCCUCUUGCCAUCAUCUCCCUAUGGCAACUCCGGUGCUGAUUCUGCAUUUUAUAAACGUAGCUCCUCUUUGUCCACAUGCUCAUGCAGCCAUGUUAGUCUGUGAUGGGGAGGGGAAGCUGUAUUAACAUGAUGGAAGUAAAUUCAGUUGCUUCAAAAUGACAUGGGAGUGGGGGGCGUUUGAAACCAGUAGUGGGGAGGUGAUCUUCUGUGCACUUUGGAUCUCUUCUCUGCAGCAAGCAAGAAAACUUUUUAAAAACCCUGGAUCAGAGUUUACUCAAGUGCCAUAAUCAGGAAUUGAGAGAGAGGCUCUAAACAGGCGGCCUAAUCCUCGAACGUUGUCCUCUAAGAAGACUGUGGGCUGCGUGGGGUGGCCAUUGGAAACCAUCGAUACAAGCCAGCCCAAACCUUCUAGUAGAGAUCUUCACCCUCACCAGAGACUGAGGUGGGUGGGUCCCCCCAACCUGAUGCCCUCCAGAUGUUUGGAACUGCAACUCCAAGCAUUCCUGUCCAUUGGCCAUGCUGACUGGGUGUGAUGGGAGUUGAAGUCUAAAACAUCUGGAAGGCACCAGGUUGGGGAAAGCCGAACAAAAACGACAGAUCCCACAUUUUUCAAUGCCACUUAUGGGCUGGAUGCUGGGAGAGAUAAAAUACACUGAACUAAACUCUUCACAUGCCCUAAAUUGGCCUUGAAUGGAAGCAGUCUUGGACCGAUCACCAUAUUGCAGCCUUCCCCAACCUGGUGCCCUCCAGAUGUCUUGGACUGCAGAUCCCGUCAUUCCCAUGCAGGUGAAGAAUUAUUGGAGUUGCAGUCCUGUGCAUCUGGAGGCAUCAAGCUGGGUCAGGCUGCCCUAGAGUUUUCUACCCUGAGUGUCUUGUGAGGUGGCAUAACUUGGAUCUGGGGGAGACGCACAUGAUGGUUCUUCCAUGCAACCCCGCCCUCAACAAACCAUAUACAUAGAAGUGCUUUUUAUGGAAGAAUUUUGGAGUGAUACAGCCCAGAUACAACUCCCAGCUCAGCCUAUUUGCCAGUGGCAUGGCACAUGAUGGCAGUUUGUGGGGAGUUGGUUUUAUGUAAAAUAGAGAAAACCCUCCCCCUCCAUCUAUGACUUCAAAUCCUCAUACCACACGGUUACUCUAUAUUUAGCAAAAUAUGCAGGCAAAAAAACCCAGGCCCAUAUUUUGGGUUGUCUGGAAGUAAUGUUGACCAUGCAAAAUGUCUCGGUGUACCUGAAAUUGAUUUUGCCAAGUUGUUUAUUUGGCUUGUUCUUUCUUUUCCUUUAUAAGAAGAGCACUCAAGAAUUCUUUCUCUAUUGAAAUGAAAGACUUUUGGGUUGGAUCCACAUUCCUCCUUAUUGUCAAGUUUCACAGAAUUGUUCAUUUUGCACUGCGUUGGAUUUGGUAGAUGGAUGCUUUUGCUGAAGGUGGUAAUAUGCUGAGCACACCUACACGGAGUGUUUCUACUUAAAUACGUCUCUCUAAGGUAAAAUGGCAAAGGAACCUUAUAACAAUUCCUUGUGGGGUGGGUUUGGAUGGUUUAAUCCCCCCUCCCCGAGAAGCUGCUGUAUAUGGUUUGUUACUGAUUUCAGUUCAUCCAAUAUACCACAAACUCUUAUGAAAAUGCUGUAGCCUUAUUAGUGGGUUGUAUAUAGGGCGCUGAUCCCUCAUGCUGGUUAAAUGAGCAAGUUUAUAACUGUGUUGUGUGGUUCCCCUCCCCCCCCCCUCCCCGGUGAGGUCCAUAUACCUUUUAUGCUGUCCCAGGUACAAAUUUUGAUACUUAGUGGCUGAGAUCUCAUUCCAUUCUUUAUCUAGCCUUGACGUUUUUUAAACCUGCAUUGGUACUCUGAAUUAUUUGUUUCUAAUCUUUAGUACAAAGAGAAUCUAUAGGGAGCUCCAUUGAACUGAUCUUGGGAAGCUUUCGUUACUGUCUACCUUCAACACACACCUUUUGAAUAUGGGGGUUCAGAGUGAGUUGGGCCAACAGGAAACCUUCAACCGCCAUAUGAAAUGAAGAUCUGCCUGUUCACGUCUUGUCUAAAUGGGAGUAAAUUCCAAGUGAUCUCUGAUAUCGGUGCCUGCUGCUGUUUCAAUACAGAGUUUGAAUGUAUUUGUGUACAUUAAAACAGGUUCGAUUUUGCACUGUAAGAAGUCUUUGAAGUGUAAUUAAAGUUUUUAUUAUUUAUUUGA